GCAGAAAUCCCCUAAGAUGCCGCACCCUCAGCUCGCUGGUGAUGACGUAGGACGGAAGCCUUAGUGGGUCAGUCGGUGAACUGUGUGUGCUUACGGCGUGCAUAUGGCAGGACUGGAGGACAGUGGGGAGCUCCUCUUCAGGCGCGGAGCCGGACAGAGCGAUGAUUCCGAUAUCUGGGACGAUACAGCACUGAUCAAAGCUUAUGAUAAAGCCGUGUCAUCAUUCAAGAAAGCCCUGAAGAAUGGAGGAGACAUAACUAUGGAGCCUGAAUCACCAGAGAAGAAUACGAAGACCAAAAGGAAAAAUAACAAGAAAAACAGGAGCCAGAAGAAAAAGCAUGCUGCACCCCUGAAGAAGUGGAGAGUUGGAGACGCGUGUAAUGCAGUCUGGUCAGAGGAUAGUAACCUGUAUCCAGCCACAAUCUCUUCUAUCGAUUCCAAACGAGGGACUUGUGUAGUCACCUUUACCGGCUAUGGGAAUAGUGAGGAGCAAAGUUUGGCUGAUCUACGCUUCCCAGACAGUUCAGAAGGAGAAAGUGACCCAAGAGAUCCAGAACUGGAUGUGAAUGGGGACGAACAUUCAACAGAUGAAAGCGACAAGUCUUCCAGAGCUUCUGACAAUAGAGAUCAGCACAGAGCAGCCGCACCAAAGUCCUCCCAGUGGAAUCCUCCCUUUCUGCCGUCUGCACCCCCAUUUAUACCCGGGUUUGGACAGCACGGGGAGAAAUCUAGCCACCCGCAUCCCUUUCUUCCUGGGUGUCCACCAUCAUUUCCUCCAGGUCCCCCUCUGAUUCCCCCUCCACCUCCUAUGGGACCAGAUAUUGCUGAAGAUGAUGAAGCUUUGGGAAGCAUGUUAAUUGCCUGGUACAUGAGCGGCUAUCAUACUGGUUACUACCUGGGUUUAAAGCAGAGUCGAAUGGAAGCUUCAUAUGGAAAGUAUUCACAUCCCAAAUAAAUGUAACAAAGAAUAACAUCUGGCAUCUCUCCCAGGGAGAGCACAGGACUGUCACCAACAAGAAGACUAGCGUUUGACACCUUUUCGAUGUUUCGAUGUCUGUCCCUAGGUUUAUUAAGACCUCUUGUAUAACUGACCUCCUAUCAGUCCUUUCUGUAACAACUCUGUACACUUAUAAAAUGCUGCAAAAAAUGUAUUAGAAUGCAUUUAAUCAUUUCAACACAUUUGUAUGAAAAUAAUUACAUGAAUGAAUUCAGCCUACCAAAAGAAGUGAAGAUAUAUUAAGACAAAUGAAGUUGAGGGCAUUUCCUACAGCAUAGAAUCUAUUCAUCUGCGGGGGGAAAUGUUUCCAGAGCAAAGACAACUUCUGACAAUUUCCGUCAUAUGACGGCCGAUCUAUUGAUGAUCUCAUCUGACAGUCGGAGGAGCGCAGUCAUAGCUUGCCCUCAUAGGGCAUACAGUAAAGCUAUUACAGAUGUCAGGUGAGCAUAGUCCUAUCCUAAGCAUGUGAUAUAUGUAAUAACUCUUAUGUGGCUCAUAUUAUCUACUCAAUUCUCACUGUAAAGAGAUCAUUGCACUUAUCAUAUUUCCAGACCCUUACUUUGUGUGCAGUAUUUGGAGUACGUAGGUUUCAUUCGGUGGGAGGACCUCUUGCCACGUUAAACGUUUUUGAUCUCUGUAAACUUCAUUUCUUUAAAAUGUUUGCAAAAAACUGUUUUUCUAAUAAAAUGAAAACACUUGGCACUUG